AUGCCUUCAAAAAACAAACGCAGUGCUUCAGAAUCUCCUCCUCCAAACGACGACCAUAUGGACGACUGGGAGUCGUUAUUUAAUCUCGAAGGUGCACAGCAGGAAUCCGAGGAAUUCUCCUCUAUUCCACCACUAGAAGAGGAAGAAAAACAAAAACAAAGAACUUCCUCUAAAAAGGCGCCAGCUACUUCUGGCAAUACUAACACGUCUUCCACUAAAAAGGUACGACGUGGUAAAAACAGCCCAGAACCAAAUUAUUCUGCUUUGGUACAGGGCCAGAUGGCGGGAACAAAUCGAACCGGCCAGGCAUGCGAUCGCUGCAAGGCUCGUAAAAUGAAGUGCGACUCUAAUCCGACAGGCUGUGCAAACUGCAGUGCAAGCAAUUCAAAUUGCACUCAGACCGAUCCGAUAUCUCGAGUGUCUAGCAUUCGCGGGGAGUUGGAACGAGUUCGCGAAGAAAACCAAAACCUUCGCCGCGAGAACCAGCUGCUUCGACAAGAAAACGCGCGUUUACGCCAGGCAUUAACUGGUGCCAUGCCUCAAAGACCGCCCCAAGGUCAAUUCGGAAUGCCUAAUUCAACAGGAUACUCUUCGAUGCAAGGUUUAGGUCCUUACCUUUCAGGACAAAAUGUACCCUCACAAAAUCUAACUAGAAAUCCUUAUCAAUCUCAACGCCCUUCGUCUCUACCCAGAAGGGGAAAUGAUCGUGCUCGCUUAGGAAACUGGCCACAGCAAGCAUUAAAUGCUCAGCCAUUUCCUGCUCCACUUCCACAGGACCCCUUUAUGAACAACUCGACGCCCAUGUAUGCAAACGGGAACCCUUUCGAAUCUGGGGCGCCUUCAAUGAGACGCACAGUUUCUCAAGGAUAUUCUUCAAAUACCAAUGCUAGAAAUCAUCUACCAUUUCAAAAUACAGCGCAGAAUGCCCCAUAUAUGGGACUUCCAAGUCAGACUCAGCCAGCAUCGUCUAGAGCAUCUAACCGCCCACGGCAGGAAGCUGAAAAAAUGCCUACGAAAGAGUCCAGUCCUUUCGACGAAGACAAAUCUCCUUAA